UUGCACUUCCUUUUGUCGAGUCAGACGCUUGCGCACUUGGAACCGCGCUCCUAGAAACCGCAUUGUAUCCAUGAUGGCUGCUGCCUUGGGACGGAGUCUUGUAACAUUGGUCAAGGGUGCCAGUGUUCCCCUGUGGCAGCCCGUGAGCGCGAGAGCCCUCAGUCUCACCGCGUGUCGCAAUGUCCCCGAGGCUCCCCCAGCUCGGGCUGACAGCACCUUCAAGGUUACCAUGGUACCUGGAGAUGGCGUCGGACCCGAGCUCAUGACUGCCGUCAAGGAGGUCUUCAAGGCUGGUGAUGUUCCGGUCGAGUUCGAGGAGUUCCACCUGAGCGAGGUCCAGCACAUGGCCAGUGAGGAGAAGCUGGACCAGGUGCUGACCUCCAUGAAGACCAACAGGGUGGCCAUGAAAGGGAAGAUUCACACUCCCAUGGAGUUCAAAGGAGAGCUGGCGUCCUACGAGAUGAGGCUGAGGAGGAAGCUGGACCUGUUUGCCAAUGUGGUCCAUGUGAAGAGUUUGCCUGGUUACAGCACACGCCACAACAACCUGGACCUGGUCAUCAUCCGCGAGCAGACGGAGGGAGAGUACAGCUCUCUGGAGCACGAGAGUGUGACCGGUGUGGUUGAGUGUCUAAAGAUCAUCACUCGUGUGAAGUCUCGCCGCAUCGCCAAGUUUGCGUUCGACUACGCCACCAAGAACGGCCGCAGCAAGGUCACUGCCGUGCACAAGGCCAACAUCAUGAAACUGGGUGACGGCCUGUUCCUGCAGUGCUGUGCAGAGAUCGCUGAGCUGUACCCCAAAAUCAAGUACGAGAACAUCAUCAUCGACAACUGUUGCAUGCAGCUGGUGCAGAACCCAUACCAGUUUGAUGUGCUUGUGAUGCCCAAUCUCUAUGGCAACAUCAUUGACAACCUGGCCGCUGGGCUGGUGGGCGGAGCUGGGGUAGUGCCCGGGGAGAGCUACAGCGCCGAGUACGCCGUGUUUGAGACGGGAGCGCGGCACCCGUUUGCCCAAGCAGUGGGCAGGAACAUCGCCAACCCGACCGCCAUGCUGCUGAGUGCUGCCAACAUGCUGCGCCACCUCAAUCUGGAGUAUCACUCCAACAUGGUCUCCGAGGCUGUCAAAAGGGUCAUCAAGCAGGGCAAGGUGAAGACGCGAGACUUGGGCGGGUAUGCCACUACCACUGACUUUGUGCAAGCCGUCACGGCCAACCUCCGCCACCGGCCAGUUUAAUGAAGAACCACAGGCGCCCACUGAGCCCCCCACCCCCCCCACCCCACCUGCCGCAUGCCGUGGAAGUGCCCCUGGGAUGCCCCGAGUAGGCGCACCUGGGAUGCCCCGAGUAGGCGCACUUCAACUACACAGUUUACUGGGAGCUCCUCACUCAGCUCCACUUCACUCAGGAGGGGCGUCACCCUCUCCAUUUCCUGUUUCUAGUCUCUCAGAUGAGCGAAAGGUUCCUUAGGGCCCUCUCCCUCAUAGAACAACCGUUCGCAGACCCUUGCAGAACCUAAGCACCCUUAAGAGUCGUAGGUUAGUGUUCCAAGUUAAGUAAAAGAUGUAAGGGUUUCCUCUUGGAACCCGUUCUGCUAUGAUCAUACGCCCAGGAGAACCUUAAAGCAGUUUUAGAUAGCGGUUUUCUAUUUAAAGACUGAUUGUUCCACAGUCUCUGGAUCAGGCGAUCUGAUUGGUGCUGUGAUGAACCCGCUCACUGCUCGGAUUCUUUCCACUUCCUCCUCUCUGUGUGUCUUUCUCUCUCUCCCUUCGCUCAUCUCUUCUCUACUUCUGCCCCUUCCUCCUCUCUGUGUGUCUUUCUCUCUCUCCCUUUGCUCAUCUCUUCUCUACUUCUGCCACUUCCCUCUGAGUCUCCUGUCUCGUGUGUGUGUGUGUGUGUGUCUGUGUCCUCCUCCCCUGCAGUGUGUCCUGUGUGUACCUUCUUAUACUGUCUAUCUGUCUUAUUGGGUUUUUUGCUUUGGGUCUCUUCUCCCAGAUGACCCGUGUGUGUGUGUGUGUGUGUUGCUUUGGGUCUCUUCUCCCAGAUCACCCGUGUGUGUGUGUCCUUCUCCCAGAUCACCCUUGUCUGCAUGGCUCUCUAUACCUGCUACGUUGUCGGAACCGGAGAUAGAUUUCUGCUCUCGUGUGUGUGUGUGUGUGUCUGUGUCUGAGUGUGUGUGCUGUAGUCUGUCAGAGGGAACGGAAGAGCUAAGCCAGUGCUCUGAUCAAAGAUUCCGCUGCCACUGUGAAAGAUCCUAUCUACAGAUCUACAGUCAGUCUUUUCCUGAAUCAGACCGUCAGCUGUGACGUACAUCAGCCCUCCCUGAUUGCAGAGCAGGAGUGUCUGUGUGUGUGUGCGUGCGUGUGUGCGUGCGUGCGUGUGUGCGUGCGUGUGUGCGUGCGUGUGCGUGCGUGUGUGUGUGUGUGCGUGCGUGUGUGCGUGUGUGCGUGCGUUGGUGUGUGUGUGUGUGUGCGCGUGCGUGCGUGUGUGCGUGCGUGUGUGCGUGCGUGUGUGUGUGUGUGCGUGCAUGCUUUUAGAUGAAUGGCCUACUAGCUUUGCUUCUAGUUUUGUCUUCUUUAUGCCUUUGUCUUCUUUCUCUUCGCUAUUUUAGUGAAUUGUAAUGAUCUAUACGACCCCCCACAUUCCUUUACUACCUCAACUCAGGGCUACACUCUCCCAGCAUCUUCUUUAUGAAAUCUCUCUCUCUCUCUCUCUCUCUCUCUCUCUCUCUCUCUCUCUCUCUCCUGUUCCCUCUGGUCAGUUCUGACUCUCCUGAGCUGAGUCACACAGGGCUUUCAUACCUGAUCUUCCACUCACCCGCUAUCACUGGUCCAUUCACUGGGCAACCAGCCAAUGACCAGUAGCCUACCAAAUGACGCAGUAUUAGCUGUUGCCAUAGAAACUCCUAUAGAACAUUCUCAAUUAGUCAAUGACUGCUUCUGAUUGGAUAGCAGCUGGUCCAAUGACGUGCUCUGUAAAUGCAGUGGAACGGUCGUCAUCUGUUGAUGGUGUUUCCCGCUGUGUCGUAAUGCUAACGGAACAUUUUUAUCUGUAACAUUGCUGCUAGCCAAUGCUUUAGCAUUUGUGCUUUAAAAAAAAAAAAACUCUUCUGUCUUAAACUGAUACUGUACAUAACUGUCUUUGUUAUAACGGUUUCCUAUGUUGGGUCAUUUCUAGUGUAGAGGUCCACUGGUUUCUUAGUGUUUGCAGGUAAUCACUGUACGGAGACAGUAGCAAUCAUGAGUCAGUCUCAUCAGCCAGAGUCAUCUCAGGGGCACAGCGUAUGUUGUUCAUGCUGUUGCCUAUGCCAUAUCAUGCUGUUGAACAGUCAAAUAAACAAUAAAUUAACCGAAGCUUC